UUAACAGUACUAAAUGUACUACAAUGAAGGAAGACUGUACCAGAUGUCCUUUUUUGAAUGCUUUAGAGCUGAAUCUUUCUUUGUUUCUCUUUUAUUCUCAGAAUAUCAACACCUUUGAGAACAGAAUGUUAAUGCUUGAUGGGAUGCCGGCAGUCAGAGUCAAAACAGAGCUUUUGGAAUCUGAACAAGGGUCUCCAAACGUCCACAACUACCCCGAUAUGGAAGCUGUUCCCCUGUUGCUAAAUAAUGUGAAAGGGGAGCCCCCGGAGGACUCGUUAUCCGUAGAUCACUUCCAAACACAAACUGAGCCAGUGGACUUGUCAAUAAACAAAGCCAGGACAUCCCCUACCGCCGUUUCAUCUUCCCCAGUUUCCAUGACAGCGUCUGCCUCCUCACCUUCUUCAACUUCAACGUCUUCAUCGUCUUCUAGUCGUCCAGCCUCAUCCCCAACUGUUAUAACAUCAGUAUCUUCAGCCUCAUCUUCGUCAACAGUAUUAACUCCAGGGCCCCUUGUUGCCUCUGCAUCUGGUGUGGGAGGCCAGCAGUUUUUGCACAUUAUCCAUCCUGUACCACCUUCAAGUCCCAUGAAUUUACAGUCUAACAAACUGAGUCACGUUCACCGCAUCCCCGUGGUGGUACAGUCGGUGCCUGUUGUCUACACAGCUGUAAGGUCACCUGGAAAUGUGAACAACACUAUCGUCGUGCCGCUUUUGGAGGAUGGGAGAGGCCAUGGCAAAGCACAAAUGGACCCCCGAGGCCUAUCUCCCAGACAAAGUAAAAGUGACAGUGAUGAUGAUGACCUGCCAAAUGUGACCUUAGAUAGCGUUAAUGAAACUGGAUCUACGGCCCUUUCCAUAGCCAGAGCAGUACAAGAGGUACAUCCGUCCCCAGUAUCAAGGGUCCGAGGAAAUCGAAUGAAUAAUCAAAAAUUUGCUUGUUCUAUUUCACCAUUUAGUAUUGAGAGCACAAGACGCCAGAGACGGUCUGAAUCCCCAGACUCCAGGAAACGGCGUAUCCACAGAUGUGAUUUUGAGGGAUGCAACAAAGUAUACACAAAAAGUUCUCACCUGAAGGCUCAUCGGAGGACACACACAGGAGAGAAACCCUACAAGUGUACCUGGGAAGGCUGCACCUGGAAGUUUGCUCGUUCGGACGAACUGACAAGGCAUUACCGCAAACACACGGGAGUGAAGCCAUUCAAGUGCGCGGACUGCGAUCGCAGCUUUUCCCGGUCGGACCACCUGGCCCUGCACCGUCGGAGGCACAUGCUGGUGUGAGGGAUGCUCCCCGUCCAGCUGAGCGUCGGAGCUGGAUCUCUUAGCGGCACGCAAUUCAGCAGGGCUGGAUCCCCUUCGCAGUGUUAACGCAACAGGGCAUCACCAUCCCACGAUGUCUGAAACCAGAGCAGGAAAGAGAAGGAACCCGUCUCCUUUUGGUCCGAAGGUAACCCCCAUCACGACUACACGAGAACCAUCCUCACACUGGCCUGGGAGCUCAGUGACACAAAUGCCGAAGAGACAGGCAUUGUUUUCCGUGCUGUGUACUCUGCCAUUUAAAGAUGUUUGUAGCUUGUACAUUUUCUGAGCUGUCAGACAUUUUGUUAUUGAUACCUUAGAGGUCAUCUACCACAAAUUGAUGGCUAGAGCAAGACCUUUUACCUUUGGGUGAUUCUGAUUCUCCCGUCAUCCCGCCCCUUGACCCCUUUUUACAGAAAUUUUAGUUACUAUCUGAGUAAGUUAGAACACACAUCCAAUCUGUUACCAGCAAGCAGCAUGAGAGUAGACAAGAAGAAGCUGUUGGCGAGGUUCCAUUACCUGGAAAUAAAGGGGCACUCAGCAGCCCUUGGCAAUAGUGGUGGCGGCAACUAGAUAUCACUCGCAACUUGUCAUUCUGCCAUGCCCUGAAGACAACCAACAUUGAAUCUUUCAUUUGUUUGUCGUUGAUUGUUUUCGUUUUGUUUCGAUUCUGUUUUUGUUCAUCUGUUCGAGCAGAGGGGCAGCGACAUUUCAGUUGAAGUCUCGUCCACCUGGUCUCUGCCCUGGCAUGGACUGGCACAGAGAUGUUCUGUAGUUGAAUAGGAAGAGCCUGUCUAAAAAACUACUGCCCCACUUCAAAUUGCAGUGUUCUGUCACCUAGGCAUCAUCUCUUCCUGCCCCUAGUAUUUGAUUACGAGGCAUCGGGGGAAAAAAACUUUCUUAGACACACUGGCACCAAGGUAAGAGGUGAGGCUGCCCAGGCAAAGUCAGUGAACAUGAAAAAUCAGACAAAGCAGAGAUGGAAAUAAUGCGCCUCUUGAGGAGAAAAGCAAUAACGAAUAAAAGGACUUUCCUACAAUAACUUCACUGAGGACUCACGUUACCAAUUUUCAUACUUACUAAAGGGAUUGUAAAAAACACCCCAGCAUUUUAGGUGUCUUAGUUACAUUUACAGCACUGAGGUCAUCUUUCUGCUGUUUGUUGCCCUGCUUGGUUGAGUACCACAAUUAAAGAUUAUACUCCCCUUUUCUUGUU